UCUACACGCAAGAGAAUGGUGAAAGAAGCCGAUUGACUGGCAUUUAGAAUCACGACGUAUUACAUUUCCUUAAAAAUAAACGGCGUUUUUUCUGAGAGAAAAAGAACGCCGUAACGUUUUCACGGUAACAAAUUAAAACAUACCAAACGUUCUUUCAUAAACACGUUUAUGUUUGUUUCCGAUAUAGUUUUAAAGUGAAAUUUUUUGUACAUUAAAAGGCUACAGAACAAACAAAACAGACCAUUUUAACUACCGAUUAUGCUCAUUGCCAUUAAAUUCGCAGUCGUCGCGUUGAUAUGACGUACGCGGGCCUUUCUGACGUCAUUGACUGUCUUGCCGCGAAAUGUCAAAUCAUGCAUGCAUGCGCUAAUCUCUAAUAACUGGGACGUGUAAUGAAUUGAAGUCAAAGCAAUGAAAAACAGUCAAGUCAAAUAUUCAGAGAAGUCAUCUGUUGGCAAAGAUGCAUUCCAGCAACUUCCAAAGAAACUGCAGGAUAAACUCAUGCCCUUCCAGAGAGAGGGCGUCUGCUUUGCUUUGUCCAGGGAUGGAAGGUGUAUGAUUGCAGACGAGAUGGGUUUGGGAAAGACGAUCCAGGCCAUUUCUGUGGCUUGUAUCUACAGACAGGAAUGGCCACUGUUGAUCGUGGUGCCUUCAUCCUUGAAAUACCCAUGGAUUGAGGAGCUGGAGAAGUGGAUACCAGAUCUGGACCCCAAUGACAUCAACUUGGUGGAGAGCAAGACCGACACUAUGAGCAUCAGCACCAGCAAAGUCACUAUACUGGGAUACGGACUGCUCACCACAGACGCACGCCCCCUGCAGGAAGCCCUAAACAAGCAGCGAUUUGGCAUCGUCAUAGUGGACGAAUCCCACUACAUGAAGUCCCGUAAUGCAGCUCGCAGUAAAAUACUGGUGCCAAUCAUUCAGAACGCCAAGCGUGCCAUCCUCCUAACUGGCACCCCCGCGCUGGGCAGACCAGAGGAGCUUUUCAUGCAAGUCGACGCACUGUAUCCCCGGAGGUUUGGAACCUGGAGCGACUACGCCAAAAAAUACUGCAACGCACAUUACAAGUUUUUUGGGAACAGAAGACAGUGGGACUGUCGCGGCGCAUCUCAUCUGGACGAGUUACACCAGCGUCUUAGUGAGAUUAUGAUUCGUAGACUGAAGAAUCAAGUGCUUACCCAACUGCCGCCCAAAAUACGCCAACGAAUUCCUUUCGACCUGCCCAAGGAUGCUGCCAAAGAAGCGAGUGCUAGUUUCGAGCAAUGGGAGAAGCUCAUGAGUUCUCAAAGUGAGAGUCAGUUCGGGGAGGUGAUGAGUCUCAUCACACACAUGUAUAAGCAGACGGCCAUUGCCAAGGCCGGAGCUGUGAAAGACUACAUCAAGAUGAUGUUGGAGACAGAAGAGCUGAAGUUUCUAGUCUUCGCUCAUCAUCUCAGCAUGCUACAGGCGUGUACCGAAGCUGUCAUCGAAGCCAAGGCUGGUUAUAUCCGUAUUGAUGGCAGCGUUCCAUCGGCCGAGAGGAUCCAACUGGUCCAUCGUUUUCAAAAUGAUCCAAGCACACGUGUGGCCAUACUAAGCAUACAGGCAGCUGGUCAGGGUCUGACAUUCACAGCUGCGUCUCACGUGGUCUUUGCUGAGCUCUACUGGAACCCG